CCAGGCAACAUUUUUCAGUCCAUUUCCUCCAAGUAAGUAUGAGUUCUAUGAUAGGAUUGACGACGACGAUCAAGUGAUCAAAAAGUCAAGAAGUACUGGCAUUACGUAUCCGGCAGGAAUGGUCCAUGCACCCGAUUGGCUGGCCAGCCACGUGAGGUGCUUCUUCCGCGGCAGGGUUUACUCGGCGCCACAGUACAUCGAUGUGGCCCCGUGAAAGCUGACCCCGCUUGCUUGCCUGCCGUGCCCUUCCAUGUCCUUUGGCGCCCGAUGAGCGCUGCAGAUACCCAGGAGCAACUGAACUGGAACUACUACAGCAGCCUCGUGUCGUUCACGCUCCUGUACUACGACUACGUCCUCACGCUCGAAUGGGAGGUCGCGCGGUACUGGGGGCUGCGGUGCACGGCCCCCAGCGUCCUCUUCUUCCUGAACCGGUACGGGACGUUGUUCGGGAUGGUCCCGGUGGUGAUGCAGAACUUCUGGGCCGCGGAGAGCUCGCCGCGGAAAUUCGCGGUGCGUGGCGGAUCGCUCGCGCGGCAGGGCUUGGGUGAACUGACUGCGUCGUCGUCUCGUCCCAGUAGAUGUGAAUGCGACGUGCUGGAAAUGUACCACAGCUUCUUCUCGCUGGUCAUCCAGAUCAUCAUCGGGGUCAUGCUGAUUCUCCGGACCUACGCCCUCUACGAACGCAGUAGGCGCGUGCUCGGAUUCGUCGUGGGCGUCGCGGCCCUGGUCAUCGCUGUGGCCGUGUGGGCUGUCGUAGCAGGCCCGACGACGGCCGCCGAUGUCAAGAUGCCGCCGCUCGAUCUGGACCGCGGGUGCGCGGCUGGUGUCACCCGUUCCCAGGCCGCGGGGCUUGCGAUCGCGUGGUCCAGCAUGAUGCUGUUCGACUGCGUGAUCUUCGUGCUGACGCUGUACCGCGCGCUGAGCCGUCGGCGGGCGAUGGGCUUCCAAUUAUUGACGGUGCUGCUUCGUGAUGGUGCGAUCUAUUUCGGCGUUAUGGUUCUCAUCAACGUCGCCAAUAUCCUGACCUUCUUCAUGGGCAAGGUGGAUAUUAUGUUCACAUCCGAUUUCCUAGUCGCCUGCUCAUCUUGCAACCAACAGCCCUAUACCAAGGGUGUGCUCGCCACAUUCACCAGCACGAUAUCCUCUGUCAUGAUAUCCCGGCUGAUGCUCAACCUGCGCGACCCAGGACUCCAGAAAAUGCCGGCAUCGCACGGCACCGGAACCACAAGCAUGUCUCUGGGAAGCGGGACCGAUGCUCCGGCCCAUGGUGUCUUUUCGACGUAUGUAAGCCAGGCCGAGACGGCGGACACCGCUGGUACCGGAUAUUAUUCGGAUCAUAUGGAGCUCGAGCAGCGCCUGGGUGGAAGAUGAUGCUUUCCAGAGAGACACAUUAAUACCUGCAUAAAGACUUGAUACUAGCAUAGAGACCCGGUACUUACCGCACUUACUCCUGAUUGUAUUGAUA